GUUCGAUCACAUCAUUUCAAAUCGCUUCUCCCUCUCUCUCCAUUGCUCCCUGGAAUUGAGUUUCUCUCUCUUUCUCCCCUUCUCUCUCUCUCUAGAAUUGGUAAGUUGGUAGUGGAGUGUUGUGACGCUGGCGGUAGCAGCAGGAGUAGCAGAGCAGCAGAAGCAGCGAUACAUCCUAAGUGCCUGAGAUUCUGGGAAAGACCCUCCAUGAUUUUACCAUCGCUACCUUCUUUUCAGCACCGGGCUUUUGCAGAUCUCCCGUAGAAAUGACUAAAAGCGAAGACAUUUUCAAGAUACAGACCUGCAUCCUCAAGGUUAACAUUCACUGUGAUGGGUGCAAGGACAAGGUGAGGAAGCUCCUACAAAAAAUUGAAGGGGUGCUCAGAGUAACUAUUGAUGCAGAACAGCAGAAGGUUACAGUGUUUGGUAGCGUCGAUUCUGAUACGCUGAUAAAGAAGCUGAUCAGGUCAGGCAAGCAUGCAGAGCUCUGGUCUCAAAAGGGCAACAAUCAGCAGCAGCAGCACCACCACCACCAUCAGCAGCAGCAGCUGCAGCAGCAGCACCAUUAUUCACAGAAGAUGCCAAACCAACAUAUGAAAGAUGACAGGGGAAUGAAGGACCAGAAGCAUGGGUUGUUCAUGAACAGGGGAGCCAAGAACCAACAGAAACCCCUGGGAUACAUAUCUGACGAUGAUCUGGGUGACGAGUCUGAUGAUGAAGCUGAUGAGGAUGACGAUGGACUGGGGUUCCUGAGGGAGAAAGCAAGCAAGAUGAACUUCCACAGGCAGCAGCCAAAUGAAGUUGGGGUUGGCAAAAAAAACAAGGGCAACAUCAGCAAUGGCAGCCCUAAUGGGGGAAAUGUUGGAAAGAAGGGUGGUGGCGGAGGCAACAAUGGUGGAAAUCAACACCAGAAUGUUGCCUUUAAGGGUGCUGGUGGUGGGGAUCAAAAGAACCAACAUGGUGGAGAUCAAAAGAACCAACAUGGUGGGGGUGGAGGCGGCCCUACUGGAUUUGGCCAAAACAUGAGGAUGAACAAUGGCCAACAUGCUGGGUUUGGAAGCAAUGCAAUGGAGGGAAGGAAUGGGAUGGGAUUUGGUUAUCAGGGAGUUGGGGGCAUUGGAGGUGGUGCUGGUGGUGCGCUUGGUCUAGGGAUGGGAAUUCAGGGCCAUAAUGGCAUUCAAGGAUGUGGGUAUCCCAUGGGAGUUGCAGGAUAUUAUGGAGGAGGAGGUGGUGGAGCUCAUUUAGGUGGAUAUGGCUUCAGUAAUGCUGCUUACCAACAGCAUCCAAUGACCAUGAUGAGUAACAUCAACAGCAGGCCGAACCAGAACCACAACCAGAUGCUGAAUGAGAGAUACAUGCAGAUGAUGUACAACAGAUCUCCUCUCACCCCACUUGCUACCACUUCCUACUACAACUACCAGCCACAAUCACAGACAGCAGAGUAUGCUACCUAUUUGUUCAGUGAUGAUAACACCAGCAGUUGUGCCAUCAUGUGAAGGGGAAGAAAAGAAGAACAAAGAAAUAAACAUGGUGUCUUUGUCUACCGUGUUUAGAAUGUAGGAGAUAAGCACUUAUUAAGCGUUUUCCUUUUCCUUUUUUUUUUUCCAGUCUUUUUUUUAGUGAUCUAUGGUGUUCUCGUUGCUUGCACUCCGUCUUCUUUGACAGAAGAUAAAAUAUCAUGUCUUUCUGGUUGACUGGAGAAAUGGGCAAAGCAACAAAAUCUCCAUGUCAUGUCCAAGUUGAAAAACAAAAAGCACUUGUGGAUAUGGUUCUGGCCGAAUGUGUUGGAACGAUAUAGUUGGCAGACAUUUUGAAAAAUGUAGUAAUAGUAGCCUAUGCUAGAUGUUGCUGUAACAUGAUGUAUCGUGGAUUGAGCUCUAUAAUAUAGUAUUCUUGCUGCUUGUUUUGUUUAUUAAAAA